UGCAAUUCAUAAGCAGUAAAGAAAAUCUAUGUGGCUGCCGUUUCCUGCUUUAAGAGUGAUUGUAAAGCAACUCAUCAUUCGGCACAAGACUUUUGGAUUGAUUAAUUCUUUUUUCAUAUACAUGCAAGCGUUUACUCCACUGUAUUGUAGCAAAUGGCUUGUUGCAGAUAUGGGUGACAACAUUGCUGGGUUAACAAAUGGACACAGCAGCUCAGCAGAAUAUGAUUUUUUGCUCAAGUUUCUGGCAUUAGGUGAUUCUGGUGUGGGGAAAACCAGUUUCCUGUACCAAUACACUGACGGAAAAUUUACUGGUAAAUUCAUCUCGACAGUUGGUAUUGAUUUCCGGGAAAAGAGAGUGGUACACCGUAGCCCAACAGUAGAUGGCACUGUGGGUAGAAGUCAAAGAGUACACCUGCAGUUAUGGGACACAGCAGGACAGGAAAGAUUCCGUAGUUUAACGACUGCUUUCUUUCGAGAUGCCAUGGGUUUUAUUCUGCUGUUUGAUCUGACCAGUGAACAGUCUUUCCUGAAUAUUCGUAACUGGAUGGCACAGCUGCAGACACACGCUUAUUGUGAGAACCCAGACAUUGUCCUCUGUGGCAACAAAGCUGAUCUGGAAGAUCUGAGAGUUGUACCAGAGGAGAAAGCUAAGGCAAUUGCUGAAAAAUAUGGUAUUCCAUACUUUGAGACAAGUGCUGCUACUUCACAAAAUGUUACCAAAGCCAUUGAAUGUCUCCUGGACAAGGUGAUGCUGCGUAUGGAACAGAGUGUAGACAAGACGGCAGGGGGCAAAAUGGGGAAAAAUGGAAAGAAAGGUGUGGAGCUGGAGGAGGCAGACAGGAAAAGUGGAUGCAGUUGUUAACCAGGUGGCAACACCCAGGGAAUUAAGAAGACAGCUGUCUGAAUAGGAUUUUAUGAAAAGAGAGCUGAUUUAUAUGUCCUGUUUUCUGUGGGGGAAGACAGUUGCAGAUGCUCAUUAUAAAAGAAAAAAAGUAAUCAGACCUACAUUUACAUAUAUUAUAUUUAUACAUAACAUUUUGCACAUUCCUUUUCACCUAGGAGGAAACCAUUAAAAUAACACAUUAACUAAGAAUUCCAGUAUCAAUUUAAGUCCUUGAGAAACAAUUUUGACAAGUUUGAAAUAUGUUUUAUUACUUUACAUUGUGUAUUCCAUUUGCCAGGAAGAUAAUUAUUUCCAUUUGAGGUCAUGAUCCUACUUUAUUAAAAAAAGUAAUCAUCUCUUAGUCCUAUCUAUUAAAUCCACUAAAUGUUAAUUAUAUUUAUGAUAUUCAGGUUGUGGUUCAUGUAGCAGUGUGAAAUUAGCUGAUCCAUGUUUUCAUUUCUUUUCUUUUUUUUUUGUUCUUUAAAAAUAUUCCAUUGGUACAGAUAUAGCCACAGGCCUGUAUUGCUCUGCAUACAUGUAGAAAGUGGGGCUAUGACAUCCUUAUGUGUCAGUGUAACAACUGGAUUUGUUACAAAUAAUACCCUUCCAUUCAUGUGGUUCUUCUGGAAGUAAACAGGGUCCUUGUCCACAAAGAUCUUUUCCUGUCACCAAGUGAUAUUACGUAUAUAUAUAUACAUGCAUCUGUGUCUGGAUGUUUUGUUUUUUGAAAGUUAUUCUUUUUUAAGUAUUUUCUUCUUUUAAGUAUCUUUUAUGUUUGAAGACUGCUGGUUAAAAUGCAUUUUUUUCUGUUUUUGUAAUAAUGUGCGAUUGUGUUUAAUUUCUAAUGGUGUAUUCUCAGUCUACCGUCAUUCGUGGCAGAUGACCUUUGUACAGCAGGAUCUCAGCAGACCUUUUAAUCACAAUGUCUGACCCCCCCCCCUUCUUGGGCAAUGAAAAUGCCUAAAAACUAGAAUAUUGGCAGUUGACAGAACAGUGGAAGGAGUAGACUGGCUCACUAAGGUUAUGUGGGUCUGCUGAAGGAUUAGACAUGCUUCUGGAGGUUAGAUAUUGUGAUCACAUGGUCUGCUGGGAUAGCACACUGCUUAGUGAACUAAACCAUCAUUAGGCUACUUGAAUGUGAUGACAAACAUAACACCCAGAAAGGUCCACAACAUUAACUAGAAUGUGGUGGGAAUGAUGAUCAUUUUUCCAUAUUUUCCAUUUUUUGUUUGCCGCAAUUGAUUAGCAUUUAAAGAGUGUUAUUAAAGCAUGUACUGGUAGUGACAAAGGUGUUUUUUACCAGUAGAGAAUUGAGGACUAAUGGUGAGAUGUACAAUGCAGUUACCCAGUUUUGAUAAUGCAUAAUUAGGUGUUGGAAGAUGUCUCCAAUACCUGGCUGUGCUGAAUAUAGCAGAACAGGAUGUAAUUACUGAGGAUUGAGGUCUAUUUCUUCAUGCAUGUAUGCAUAUUAUUCAACAUGAAUGAUUGGAGCAGGUUUUCUUCGGCAUCAAUAAAGACUUAUUAUAGAUUUUUCUCAAUUACUUCACUUUGUUGAGGCAAAAUAAUGCUUUGGAUUGAACUCUAAUUGGAAAGGAGAGUUAAGAGUUUGAAAUCUCAGGUGUCAUAAAAAGCCGGAUAAGAAUGUAUUUCUAUAAGUAUGUAUAGUAAAUCCUUUAAAUUGCAGCUGGGAAAUAAUCAUUUAAUUAGCAUUUUUGCAAGGUAUAUUGCAUGUAAUAACAGCUGAGCUUUGAAAAAUUAGUGCAAUUGAAAAUCCCUUUCAGUGAUCAAGAUGAAAUGUAAAACAUGUUAAAAGCCAGUUUUGUUAAUGUUAUAUGUUAUAUUUUGAUAUAUGAUAUACUUUUCUAGGUUGAGGUUUUUCAAAAUCUUAUAUACAGUCAUAUUUUUUCACACAAAUCUUCCAUCUUAACAGAAUUUAAUAUUGCUAUACAGUCUAUAUCUUGGUAAUGGUGUUAUAGUUUCUAGCCAAUUAUUUAAAGCUUAUAAAAGUAACGUAUCUAUAUAUUGCAUAAAAAGCUUCCUCAUUCCUAUGACAGACACUGUAUACAUGUACCUACAAAGUGCUAAAUACUGUAGGUGUUUAAUAUAUUCUUUAAAAUAUGAUGUAAUUUAGGUAAUAUGUGCAUUUAGUAAUUUAGGAAUACUUUAUAUUUCACAUAUUUGAAAAGACGAGUUAUAAAAUUUGAAAAAAAAAGUAAGUGAAGGGAAUGUUUUUUAGUAUCGUAAAAUUUACGAAUUCCAUUCAGCGAAACUUACAACUGAUAGUUAAUAUGUCAAAGAGGGAAUGUGGUAUACAGCAGAGCUCUGCAUACAAUUAACGUUACAUAGAAAUAGCUCGUUGGACGAUGUGAUUGCGACAUUGCCUAUAUUAUAUAGCAAACGCAUUCCUGACGAUUGACAGGGCUGGGUUUACUUUUAUUGUUCAACGGGGACGAAACGUGUAAAUCUGCGAAAAACGGCAGAAUGGUAACAAGAUGAGAGCUAGGAUAAUGUCCCGCCUGGUUCAUACCGAAGGGUUAUUGGACCUUUGGU